CGCCGGCUGAGGGAGGAGGCGAGCGCAGGCGACUCCCACUUGGGACCCGGGCCCAGGCCCCGCCCCUGGCGUACGCCAUCAGCCCGCGCCGCGCUGCGGGUGUUAUUCCGUCCCGCCCGCGCGGCGGUCGGUGCUCUGUCACCGCCCGCUGUGGCCAUGGCCCCAGCCCGUGGCUUAUAAAUUGGCGACCAGAGUCCCCGACGCGGCCCUGGUCCUGAUGGCGGCGGCGGCGGCGGCGGCGGCCCUGGCAGCGGCCGACUCCCCUCCCGCGAUGCCGCAGGCGGCAGGAGCCGGAGGGCCCGCCGCCCGUCGGGACUUCUACUGGCUGCGCUCCUUUCUGGCCGGAGGUAUUGCUGGAUGCUGUGCCAAAACAACGGUUGCUCCUUUGGAUCGAGUAAAGGUUUUAUUACAAGCUCACAAUCACCAUUAUAAACAUUUAGGAGUAUUUUCUGCAUUGCGUGCUGUUCCCCAGAAGGAGGGAUACCUUGGAUUAUAUAAAGGGAAUGGUGCAAUGAUGAUUCGAAUAUUUCCCUAUGGUGCAAUCCAGUUUAUGGCAUUUGAGCAUUAUAAAACGUUAAUUACUACAAAGCUGGGAGUUUCUGGUCAUGUGCACAGAUUAAUGGCUGGAUCCAUGGCAGGUAUGACAGCAGUUAUCUGUACUUACCCUCUUGACAUGGUGAGAGUACGCCUAGCAUUCCAGGUGAAAGGGGAACACACUUACACAGGAAUUAUUCAUGCAUUCAAAACGAUUUAUGCAAAGGAAGGAGGUUUCCUUGGAUUUUACAGAGGUCUGAUGCCCACUAUAUUAGGAAUGGCUCCAUAUGCAGGUGUUUCAUUUUUUACUUUUGGUACCUUAAAGAGUGUUGGGCUUUCCCAUGCUCCUACCCUUCUUGGCAGACCUUCAACAGACAAUCCUAAUGUCUUAGUUUUGAAAACCCACAUAAACUUACUUUGUGGUGGUGUUGCUGGAGCAAUAGCACAGACAAUAUCCUACCCAUUUGAUGUAACUCGUCGGCGAAUGCAGUUAGGAACUGUUCUUCCAGAAUUUGAAAAGUGCCUUACCAUGUGGGAGACUAUGAAGUAUGUCUAUGGACACCAUGGAAUUCGAAAAGGAUUAUAUCGUGGUUUAUCUCUUAAUUACAUUCGCUGUGUUCCCUCUCAAGCAGUGGCUUUCACAACAUAUGAACUUAUGAAGCAGUUUUUUCACCUCAACUAAUGAAAAUCACGUUUUCUUUUUCUUAAUGAAAUCUCAGAGGGAGAAACAAAAUGUUACUUUAAUUUUCGGAGGAACAUUACUUGAAGGGGGAUAUUUGCCUUGUCACAGGAACCACUGGUUUUUUAGUACUUGAUUUUUUUUUUUAUUCGUCACAAAUCAGAAGUGCUUACUGUGCUUUUUGAUGCCAAAUGUUAUACCUUAGAACAUUGAAAAAAAUUCCUAAGCUGAUGCUGGCUAAUCAGUUAGGUUAUUUGAAUCUAUUUUAAAGUGUUACUUGGAAGUAGAACUAACUUAAAAUGGGAUUUAAGAGGUUGCCAUUAGCUUUAUCAUGCUUUAAUUCCAAGUUUUAAUUAUAAUCAUGAUUUUCAAAGACUCUACGAUUGUUUAUUAUGAUUAUAAUAAAUAGGCUUGGUUAUAUUGCAGCAGAAUGGUGAAAACUGAAUUUUUAAGUUAUGUAAAACAUAGCUUGAGGCGUUGGUGCUUGGCUGGCCCACCCAGAAAAGCAUGUAACUCUUAAUCUCGGGAUCAUAAGUUUGAACCCCACUAUGUGUGUCGAGAUUACUAAAAAUAAGAAAAUUUAAAAAAAAAACUUACAAAUAUGUAGUUUAGAUGCCAGCAUUGAAGAUUAUUCUCAUUAUCUCUUUUCUCAUAAUUCUGCUCCACUGCAUAAAGGGACUGACACUUUUCUCUUUGUUUUUAAAUAAAAUAAAUGUUGUAUUUAAAAAUUAGCCUUGAAGAAACUCAACAAUAAAUGAAGAAUUUUCAGGUAUUGCUCAAAUGUUAUUACUAGGUACUAGGUACUAUGACUGACUUAAAUUUGUUUCUAAAAGUCAAUGUAUUUCCCAAAGGCAGUAAUAAUAAAUACUGAAUAUCUUUGCUCUCAAAACAGAUUAGCAUUAUAAAUUUGUUUUUGUUAGGUGAUUUGUUAUACACUAGAAAAUUUAUUUAAGUGGACUGUGAAAUAUCCAUUAAUAUAAGAUGUGUAUGUCAAAGAAUGUAAGGUAUUUUGUCAUGAUACAUCAACUAGUUCUUCCAUGUAAAAUAAUUUUAGUGCAAUAUAACCUUAAGUAGAAAUGUAAGACAUGAUUUAAUUACUAUUCUUUAUGUUAAAAUGGUUUAAAAUAUAAGAGUUCCAUUUACUGUGUUUUGAUUACCUUUUAUCUUUUAUUGUAAGCAUGACAAUAAUGAGAAGGGAACAAUUAUGGUUCUGUCCUCAGAAGUAGUGAUUUGUAGAAUUGAUGUGAUUCUUUUUGAUCAAUGCAAACUUUUAAUUGUUCUAACUUUAUAAUUUUUCUAUUGAGGUAAAAUUGACAUAUAGCAAUAUAUUAGUUUCAGGUACACAAUGUAAUGAUUCAAUAUUUGUAUUUACUGCAAAAUAAUCAUCACAAUAAGUCUAGUUACCAUCUAAUUGAUGUAUUAGAAAACUAAGUUGAAAGUGUUAUUUCUGCUUCAGUUUUAAUUUUGUUUGCAUAAAAGAUUUUUUUGUCAUAACUUGGUAAAAAUUAGAUGAACUGGUUUCAUUUUCAAAGUCUUUAUUUAAAAAUGAAUAUGUAUCUUUGUAUGAUUUGUAAGUGUACCCACAAGUAGAAAUACAUGUGUUCUUAAAACUAUUUUGUAUAUUUUCAUUUCUGGGCUACAUUGUAGCUAAAUAUUGUUAUCAAAUCUCAAGAUAAUUUAAAUGUAUGAAAUAAGUAUCUCAGUUAUGUUAUCAAUAAAAGAGGACUGCAAAUAUUUUUUUAAAUAAAAAUUUGCAUUCUAUGUCUAUUAUAGAAUACAUAGGAUAUUAAAAAUAAAUUUUAUUUGUAUUUUGGCCA